AUGGCCAGCAGAGCACCCAGGUGGAGGUCAAGGGAGAUGCUGCUGCCUUCCGACGCUUGCCAGCCGCAGCAGCAGCAGCAGCAGCAGCAGCAAGGAGAGCAGCAGCACCUGCAAGAGCCGCUGCUGCUGCCGGAGCACCUGCUGCACCCGCCCCAGCAGCUUCUUCAGCAAGAACAGCAGGGGCGGCAAGUGCAGCAGCAGCAGCUGCAGCGGCAGCAGCUGCAGCAGCAACUGCAGGAGGAGCCGCAGCAGCAACAGCAUCGACUUGUGUCGUCGCCUUACCUUGAAGCUCCGGAGCCUUUUGCUUCUUUGGACGCAUCUGCUGCUGCAGCGGAGGCAGCAGCAGCAGCUGCUGCUGCUGCAGUUGUCGCUCCUGUCCUAGAGGAAGCGGCAGCAAACAUUGCAGCGCCAAUCGAAGAACUAGCAGCAGCAGCAGCACAGCCUAUUGCCGCUAGAGAAUUCAGGCCCCGGCAGCAGCAAUCGCAACAGCAGCAGCAGCAACUGCGUCAGCAGCAACGGCAGCCGCAGCAGCCACGGCACCCGCAGCAGCAACGGUAUCAUCAGCAGCAGCAGCCGUGGCAGCAGCGACAUCAGCAGCAGCAGCCAUGGCAGCAGCAUCAGUCCUGGCAACAGCAGCAACUGCCGCCCUGGCACCAGCAGCAGCAGCCCUGGCACCAGCAGCAGCAACAACUUCCGCCCUGGCACCAGCAGCAGCUGCCACCCUGGCAGCAACAGCCACGGCAGCAGCAGCAGCAGCAGCCAUGGCAGCAGAAGCCGCAGAGGCCCUGGCAACCCCGGCAACAUAAGCCUUGGCAGCAGCAGCAGCCUCCGCAGCGGCAGCCAAGACAAACAGAGCAGCAGCAGCCGCAGCAGCGACAAACUGAGCAGCAGCUAGCAGAGGCAGCAGCAGCAGUAGCGUGGCCAGUCCUAAGCAGAAGGAGUCCAACACGCCUUCCCAGAGCAGCAGCAGCAGCGGCAGCAGCAGCGCAGGCAGAAGCAGCCGCCGCAGCAGCAGCAGCACAGGCGGAAGCAGCAGCAGCAGCAGCAGCAACUGCAGCAGCAAAAGCACAAGCAGCAGCAGCAGCAAGCCUGACAAAUCGGCUCGAAAGGAGCUGGAGCGAAUCAGAAACGCUGGCUUUAAGCACAGCAAUCCCUAGCCCUCUUCUGGGGUUUUCUGCAGCAGCGACAGAAGCAGAAGCAGGCACUUCCGUGCUGCAGCGCGUGCUGCAGCAGCAAGAACAAGUGCAGCAGCUAGUUGCUGCUCUCAGCGAAGGCGCCUGCGGGCCCGGCGGGCAGCAGCAGCAAAACAGCAUUGCAUUCGUGCUGCUGUACUCCAUUCCAAGAUUUAGGAUUUGUGGAACUCCAGGGAACCCCUGCAGAGAGCAUGAUUUCCGUUGCGGCCGUUGCGAGACAGACGACUCUGCCUUCCCAGCUUGUCUACUGCUGCAGCCAGAGCAGCAGCAGCAGCAGCAGGAGCAGCAGCAGCGGCUGCUGCAGAUAGUCACCGAGCAGCAGCAGCAGCAGCAGCAGGAGCAGGAGCAGCAGCAGCAAUACGCACAGCGGCAGCAGCACCAACUCCAAGGGCCCACACUGGAUGAGCGCAGCGUAUAUGGCCAGCAGCAGCAGCAGCAGCAACUGCAGCAGCAGCAGCAGCAGCACAACAGCUAUUUUUACCCCCUGUCUCCCCACAGCCGCGUUGUGAGCGUUAGGGACGGCCGGAUAGCAGCAGGAGACCGAUUGAGCAUGAGCGGGAUUUGCGUGGUUCUGUCUGGGGCCUUUGCUGCUGCUGCUGCUGCUGGCUGGGCCGGGGGCAGCGCGCAGCUGCUGCACAGUAGCAGCGGGGAAUGGAUUGCUGCUCCGCUGCUGCAGCUGACAGCAGCAGCAAAAGGUUUCCUGCUGCUGUCCACCCGCAGCGUGAGUUAUAAGGCGGUUGGCGGCGCGGACUUUGUUGUGCCAUUUCCCGGUGACUGGAUUGUGCUGCCUGGGGGCAUCUUGCAAGAGAUGCCGCACCAGCAGCAGCAGCAGCAGCAGCAACAACAGCAGCAGCAGCAGCAGCAGCAGGAAGGGCUGAUGACGCAAUUAGAGCAGAAGCUGCAGCAGCUCUUCUAUGCCCCUUUGUCUGCAGCAGCAGGCAAUGGCUAG